CUGUUCCAGUGAGCUAUGAGCAGUGCUACUUGGCGGAUGUCCCUCUGCUCUACACUUGUGCAGCUUAUGAGUAUUCGCCACAAGUGUUUCCAUUUUAGUGCGCGAAACGAUCAUUCUUAGUUUCAGUCAACUAAAUACUGCAUUAUGCAGCAAAAUGACAGAAAAGCGGAUACCAUAGAAGCCAUGGGAGAUGUAGAGAAAUUAAAAGAGUUUAUAAAGUCUUCCAAAACUGAGUUCAAGAACAUGCAAGUUGACGAAAAACUCCUAAGAAGAUAUUUGGUAGCUCACCACACGGUAGAUGCUGCUUACGAGAGAAUGGUGGCAACGGACGCCUGGCGGAAGGAAGCGAACGUUGCAGAGAUCACCAGCGAGACACCUGGAGUUAAAAGUUCCAUAGCGCUUCGCGUUUCAAAGUUAUUAGAAGAAAGGGACAACAGAAGGAGACCAAUAGUUUACGUUGCAGUACGCAACCACAGCUUCAGGAACAGAGACGUUGACGCCAUGACUGAAUACAUCAUAUACAUGCUAGAAGAAUCCUGCCGCAAGUGCUUGGAUGACGGUCCCGACAACAUCUGCAUCCUGUUCGACAUGAAAGGAUUUUCCCUGACGUGCAUGGACUACCCCCUGGUCAGGGUUCUCUUCAACAUCAUGACUGAUCACUAUCCGGAGCGACUGGGAGUGUCUCUCAUACUGAAUGCGCCAUACAUAUUUUCGGCGUGCUGGGCCAUCAUACGCAGCUGGAUGGAUGAAAAUACCGCCAGCAAAAUUAAAUUCAUCAAGGGCGAUGAGCAACUUUCUUCGUACGUUGACCCUUGCGUCAUCCCCGAAGACUUUUGAAACUCCAUCUUGGUCCAUGCAAUGGAAAUAGUAAUAAAUUCUAUAUGCCUUCGGAUCGUUUAGAUUUUCAUUUUACUGACGUAAUAGAAUUUUAGUGUUCUGACUAUAAAAGAAUAUAAUUUUUCUAAAGCAAA